GCAUCGUGUUACACCGAAGCCCUCCCUACCACUCUCCAUGUUUCGUAAAACCCUGGGAGCUGAAAUGAAGGCUUAAGCAAGUCGCAUUUCUCAAAUCUACCGAGUUCACCCGGAAGCGACACCUGAGUCAUAACUCGCUCCAAAUUCACAUUGAACCAUGCAAGCGGUGUCAAACGCUCGCCGAAUCUCUCGGCUCUUACAAUCUCCGAUUUUCCUCUCAUCUCAUCUUCGAACCACCGAACAAUCGUUUCUCAAAGGGCUCGCACAUCGUAAUUACAGUUCUGAAGUUGAUAAUGUCGAAGCAACUCCAACAGAAGCUGUGAAAGAUCUUUAUGAUAAAAUGCUUGAAUCUGUAAAGGUUAAACGAUCCAUGCCUCCAAAUGCUUGGUUAUGGUCAAUGAUUUCUAAUUGUAAACACCAUCACGAUAUUAGUCUUCUCUUUGAUAUUUUGCAGAAUCUUCGCAGAUUUAGGCUGUCGAAUCUUCGCAUACAUGAUGAUUUUAACUGCAAUCUCUGUCGUGAAGUUACUAAAGCAUGUGUUCAUGCUGGAGCCCUCGAUUUCGGAAAGAAGGCUUUAUGGAAGCAUAAUGUCUAUGGAUUGGCACCGAGUGUUGCAUCUGCACACCAUAUAUUGAAUUAUGCUAAGAACAACAAUGAUACUAAUCUAUUGGUGGAAGUAAUGAAACUUUUAAAGAGAAAUGAUUUACCAUUGCAACCUGGCACAGCAGAUAUAGUUUUCGGCAUUUGUUACAAUACAGAUGAAUGGGAGUUGAUUAAUAAGUAUGCAAAAAGGUUUGUCAAGGCUGGUGUAAAAUUACGACAAACCUCAUUUGAAACAUGGAUGAAAUUUGCUGCCAAAAGAGGCGACACCGAGUCAUUAUGGAAAAUUGAAAAGUUGCGAUCUGAUUCAAUGAAGCAGCACACUUUGGCAACUGGGUUCUCAUGUGCCAAGGGUCUUCUGUUGGAACGUAAACCUAGUGAUGCUGUUGCCAUCAUUCAAGUUCUAAAUCAGACUUUGUCUGAUGCCAAAAAGUCAGGCAUGAAGGGUGAACUUCAGAAACUUGUAUCUGAGUGGCCUUUGGAAGUUCUUAAGCACAAAAAUGAUGAUGAAAGAAAGACAUUGGCAGACUCGUUGAAAUCUGAUAUCCUUGCAAUGGUUACUGAAUUACUGGACACGGGACUUGAGGCUAAUAUAAGUUUGGAAGACCUAAACAGAAUAGAAGAGGUUGCACAAUAGCACGAGUUCAGAAUUUGAGUAUUCUUGUUUGAGUAGACCUUUAUCAAGAUGCUUCAUAGCCGUAGAUAACAAGUCUCUGAUCAUAGCAAAUGUUGAUUACUUCAUGGAAAUUAAUUAUUAUUUUUUUGCUUCUAUUCUGACUAUUUCUUAUUGUAUGUGCCCCCAAGUGCUCAAGGUUUUGGUAGCAUAUUGGUGGCACUUGGCAUGAUUUUCAAGAACUGAAAUAUAGAUGUAGGUAUGUUGGAACAAAAACAAUAUGGGAAUGUGCUUCCAGUCCUCUACUAUGAGGUGUAAGCAAUUCAUUUCUACAAAUACAAGUGAGGAUGCAAUCUAUGCCUUGUAACCUCUUUGGUUUUAUGUAACCCUAAAAAACUAUUUGUAAUGUUUUUUCAUGAACUCCACAAUAUAACUUAAAAAUAAUGACUUA